AUGAAUCACGAGAACUGGGAAAUUGCAGCUGGCAUUUCAGAUGGCAAAUGCAAUAAGGCACUAGCUGGCAUGAAUAUGAAAAGGCCAGCAGCAGAAUAUGUGCCAUGGAAGGAGACUGCUGGAAAUGCAGCUGUCUUCUCCAGACUUCUGGUCUGUGCAGGUACCAGAAGUCUGGAGAAGACAGCCCGGGAGACACGAAGCUGGAACCGAGUGCCAGGGAGCAGGCAAGUUUGGGAGAAGUUUAUACAGAUUACAAAUGAACAGUUGACUGUUUCAGCUGAAGAAAGUGAAAACCCUGACGCGGCCAAUGAAGUAACUGAGAAACUGACAAAGAACCAUGUUAUAACCUGUGUCUUACAGACGUUCUCUGUGUGUCUUCAUUCUCUUUUAGGGAGGGAGCAGUUCCACGGCUUGGGCUCUAUGUACUGCCGGUCUGCUUCUGCUAUCAUCUUGACCUAUGACGUCUGUAACAAUCAGAGUCUCGUGGAGCUUGAGGACAGAUUCUUGGGCCUGACUGACACCGCCAGUGACGACUGCAUCUUUGCCUUAGUGGGCAACAAAAUCGACCUCACCGAUGACUAUGAAGCCGAGGGAGAGUCUGAAGGAGAAAAGCCUCGUAGAGGUAGUGCUUCCAAAGUUCGCAAACAGGUUCAUAAUGAAGAUGCUAUUGCACUGUACAAACGGAUCAUGAAGUAUAGAAUGGUGGAUGAAACCCAUACCCCAGCCGCAGACAAAAUGUGCUUUGAAACCAGCGCAAAAACGGGAUACAAUGUCGAUUUCCUGUUUGAAAGUGUCUUUAAUAUGGUCAUCCCAUUAAUUGUGAAGAAGAAAGCAAAUGGACCAGACGAUACAGUCAUACUGACACAGAACCAUCACGAGAAAAAGACUAAAAGCGGCUGCUGUUAACAGUUGGGUUUCUUGAUGGUCCUCCCAACUGCUUGGCAUUUCCAGUUAACUUGACUAAAUAUACCAGCGGUUCUGUACAGUCAAAUGUAAGAAGCUUUAUUAAGACGAGCAGGAUUUUGCACAAAUACACCAAAUUGUAGUACUAAACAACUAAUCGAAUGAAUCUUACGCUUACUGAUUCAUUUAUAGCAAUCAAAUACGUUUUACAGAUCAUUUCAAUGGCUUUUGCAUUGUUUGCCAAGUACGUUUAGUACAUUUAUUUAUAAAAUUCUGCUCAUUUUCCACAGAAUAACGAAGCUUCACAUAUGGGAAUGUUUGCCUGACUCCAUUCAAAAAUAGUUUCAUAUUUCUGUUUGAAAAGUAACUUCAUUUAAUUAGUUUUUGAGCAAAAUUUUUUGAAAAUGAGUAGUGUCUAUCCAGGAGUCGUGACCUUUUAUGAUUGGUCAGAAACGAUACAUUAUAACAACUUUUCGUAUGCUAUGAAUGUAUAUACCUAUAUGAUGAAUAAGUAUAUUUUUGGGGCGAGGAGUAAUUUAUGACCAUCAUUAAUGAUGUGAUUUGUCAUUAACCUGUAUGAAUGACCUAAUAUUAAAUGUAAGAAUUUUC